AUCCAACGUACAAAUAAGAUACGCGUAUACUCAACCCUCCAUGUGAAAUUACACUCAAUACGUAAUUGGGCCUCUUCAUACACGAUUGGCCCAUAGGCCCAUUUUACACAUCACAAGUCCAUAUUCCUCUUUUUAUUUUUAUUAUUUUGCGUUUACGAUAAGCUAAUGGAUUCCAAAUUUGGAAUCCCAAAAUUCCCAAUUAAUUAUGCCAUCCAAUUUUUGACACCGUAAUAACUUUCCUCCGCCGUCAAAUUCUUUUCUCCGGCGAAAUUAUACUACAGGUUGCUGAAAAGUUACAUAACAUGGGUGAUGCAAUUGACUUAACUGGAGAUGGAGGUGUUAUGAAGAAAAUUGUACAACGAUCCAAACCUGAUGCUAUUGCUCCUUCAGAGAGUCUUCCUCUUGUUGAUGUUCAUUAUGAAGGCACUCUUGCUGAUACUGGUGAAGUAUUUGAUACUACGCGUGAAGAUAAUACAAUCUUCUCCUUUGAGAUAGGCAGUGGUUCUGUUAUUAAAGCUUGGGAUGUUGCUCUAAGGACCAUGAAGGUUGGGGAAGUAGCCGUAAUUACCUGCAAGCCAGAGUAUGCCUAUGGAAGUGCUGGAUCCCCACCGGAUAUCCCCCCUGGGGCAACCCUUGUUUUCGAGGUGGAGUUGGUGGCUUGUAGACCACGUAAAGGUUCUAGCGUCAGCAGCGUUUCAGAUGAAAGGGCUAGACUGGAGGAGCUAAAGAAGCAAAGAGAAUUGGCAGCUGCAGCCAAAGAGGAAGAGAAGAAGAAGAGAGAAGAAGCUAAGGCCGCGGCAGCUGCUCGUAUCCAAGCCAAACUUGAAGCUAAGAAAGGAAAAGGAAAAGGCAAAGCUAAGUAAAAAAUCGGCAUGUAUUUAUACAUAUAUACUGGUAGCGUAUACUUGUAGACGUGUAGGAAUACGCGAUGUUGUUAAAUAUGCCAACUCGUAUGCUUUAUCAUUUGCUUGGUGCUUUCAUAUUGUUAUAAGUUUUGGCAUCAUUUCUCUUCAUACUUUAUACUGGAAGUGUAGUUGAUAAAUCUCUGCACAUUUAGAACUAACUACUGAUAUUUUUUUGAUGUU